AUGUGGCUGCCGCUGCUGCUGCUCCUGCUCCUGCUCCUGCUGCUGCUGCUGCUGGUGGUGGCCGAAGGCGAGGGCGCCAAAGCCACGGACACGCGGGCCUGGCAAAGUUCCAAUGGUCCUGUAAAGAAGUCCAUGCGUGAGAAGGCUGUUGAGAGAAGGAACGUUAACAAAGAGCACAACAGUAACUUUAAAGCCGGAUACAUUCCAAUUGAUGAAGAUCGUCUCCAUAAAACGGGAUUGAGAGGAAGAAAGGGCAAUUUAGCCAUCUGUGUGAUUAUCCUCUUAUUUAUCCUAGCUGUCAUUAAUUUAAUUGAAAACAGUAUCAUCCUAAAUGGGACUGUGAUGGUCAGCACCACCCGCCUACCCAGUUCCUCCAGUGGAGACCAGCUGGGCGCCGGGGACUGGGUGCGUUACAAGCUCUGCGUGUGUGCCGACGGGACCCUCUUCAAGGUGCAAGUAACUGGCCAGAACAUGGGCUGUCAGAUAUCCGACAACCCCUGUGGGAACACGCAUUAGGAGAACCCCAGAGGUCAUCGACAUGUUCAUAUCUUGACCUUUUUGUAAGAGUGUGCAUGUAAAUCAUUAUUUUUACAGAGUUUGCAAUAACUCACUGUAAUUAUUCGAACUGCAGA